AUGUGUGGAUUCUGUGAAUUUAAGAUACUCGGACUUUGUUUGUUGUGUGUGUUCGUUAAUAGUCAGGUUGACGCUUACUUCAACGAUGGCCUGAAUCCCGUGAAAGUGGACUUGAGUGUUUGGCACCAGCGCAACCCUCGAGUGGCUCUACGGACUAAUGUGCAGCUGGAAUGUGAAAAACCUAAUAUUUACAUAUGUGAGGAACCACAAAACACGGUAUCACCGGAAAACGGUAAAUCGUGCAACUUCCGAAAUGUUCCAUACCACGAGCAAGUCUACCGGUGGGUCGCUGGGCGUGGCUGUUUACUCUUUACCCCGGACUUUCUCUACGUCAAUGGAUCAAACCCUUUAAAUCUAAACGCAGGCUGUGUCUAUGGAAAUCUGUUUGCUCCAUGCCUAGAACUGGUUAAAGAAGAUGGCUCAUGCGGAUGUUACCCUUUUGAUCCUUCUUUGGAAGAAGUAGCGAAUGCUGUUAGAGACGCAUUGGCUCCAGCAGCACAUGGUCGCUGGGAGAGAUGUUUCUACCAAGCGAGCGACUGUUGCAGUCAUUACAUGGAAGAAAAUACCUACGAUAGCGGUGGUUGUGAAACUACAUUUGACGGAUGGACUUGUUGGCAGCCAGCCCAAGGCGGCACGGUGGCUAAUGCCGUUUGUUCUGAGUUCGCAUAUUCAAGCUCGGGCCCAUCAUGCCACCAUUUUAGCAACAAAAGAUGUUUCGAAAAUGGAACAUGGGAGCUGCAAACAGACUACAGUACUUGCAGCAUCACACCACGCAUGUUACGCCGCUACCGUUUCUACAUCGCUAUGCUGUCGUUCUCGAUAGCUUCUUGUGUACCGGCCAUAUUCAUCUUCUUCUUCUAUAAGAGAUUGAGAAUAACAAGAGUCGCGUUGCAUAGAAAUCUUUUAAUCGCUAUAGUGAUACGCAAUGCGUUGGUUAUUAUCAGCCGGACGGAGAUAUACAUAGAAGAACUAACAACUUCUGGUGAAACUAUGCUAUCCCUUAACGGAGUACCAUGUCGUAUCCUCGCUGUAGCUGAGAGGAUUGCGGGCAACGCCGUGUUUGUAUGUAUGUUAGUGGAGGGCAUCUAUUUGCAUAGACUGAUUGUUGCCAUCUUCAGAAAAAAGUUGAAGAUCGCAUGGCUGUACGGAGCCGGCGCAGCGAUAGCGGUAUUACCGGUGAUAGCCUGGUCCGUGGUGAUGGCUCAAAUGAACGAUCACUCGUGCUGGAUCGUCUACACUGUCGAUCAUAUUCAGUGGAUCAUUGAUGUUCCAAGGAUACUUAUACUUUUAGUGAAUACGAUUUUAUUUAUCGACGUCUUAAGAGUUUUACUGACAAAGUUACGGAAUUCGGAAAACGCUAAUCAGCUGAGCACUGCCAAAGCUACGCUUUUCCUGAUGCCUCUAUUUGGUACACAAUUCAUUUUUACUGCAGUCAUACCCAAUACCGAUGACUGUGUCAAGGAACAAGCGUAUUAUUUCGUGGCUUACACUAUCGAAGGCUUACAAGGGUUUAUCGUUGCUUUGCUCUAUUGCUAUAUUAAUAAAGAGGUUCAUGGACUUAUUAAAGCCACUUACAAGAAAACUGAAAACGCUGUAGUGUCGCGCGUUCGGGGUUCGACCUACCCUCAAAACGUGAGCGGAGAUCCAAACUCAGACCGACGGUUUACUUUCACCACUGGCCUAGCGUCCAAUAGCGUUGAAGAAAAAGAUUCCUACACGUACAUGAGACCGAAAUUACACGUAGCCGAAAUAAUAUCGAUCCAAGCAACCGAAAGAUUGGCCGAAAUCCUUGAGCCUGUAUAUGAAACGAUUGGUGAUAGCGGCACUAUCAACGGUGGUUACGAUUUUUUGGAUAGAUCGGACAUGGAUAAUGAAUAUAAUUUCACUAACGCGUCCAGUGUUUCUAUCGGUUGCCAAGAUUGGAUAAAAUGUGCAUCACCUUCGAGCAGUGUAUAUAACAACUCAGUAAUUGAUACUACAAAAUCAAAGGAUCGUGUAAAACAUGUAGAAAAAAGCGAAGUAACCAAAGAGCCAGAGUAUCAAAAUGAUAGCGGUAAAUAUCAAAACGUUCCUGGAAUUGUUGAAGAUGAUGAAACAAUAUUGGACUCCGAUUACGUGAACAGUGAUAUGCUAGAGGAAAUCAUACAAUAUAUGGAAAACAACGAGAACCUCGUAAUGAAAUCGGAUCUACUUGCGCCUAAUAGAAGUGUCGAUGAUAAAAUCCUUAUUAUUGAAGAGUGA